CAGAGUACGGCAAGGGGAGAAUGAUAGAGCCGCAGGACAGUAGUAUUUUGAGUAGCAGUCAACAGCUCCAUUGCUGUAGGCACCUUAUUCCAGGGCCUCUGUGGUGCUCCUGAUGCCCCUCACCCACUGUUGAAGAUCCCCGGUGGGCGAGGGGACAGCAGGGAUCCUGCGCUCCCAGCAGUGAUCUACGAGGAUGAGAAGCUCACGGUUUCUCAAGAUAUCCCAGUGAACAAUGGGAAGCCCCAUCUCUUCCACUUCCAGUAUAAGGUGACUGAGGUGAAAGAGUCCUCAUGGAAUGCCAUUUGGUCCAACCAGAGCCUGUUUGUGGAAAUUCCCGAGGGCGAGUUGGCUGAUGGAAGCAAAGAGGGGUUGCUGGCUCUGUUGGAAUUUGCUGAGGAGAAGAUGGAAAUGAACUAUGUCUUUAUUUGCUUCAGAAAGAGUCGGGAGGACAGAGGUUCUCUUUUGAAGACCUUCAGCUUUCUGGGCUUCGAGAUCGUACGUCCUGGUCACCCGUGCGUUCCUCCUCGCCCAGAUGUCAUGUUCAUGGUGUACACUUUAGACCAGAGUUCUUCAGAUGAAUAGUAA